AUGCGACUUGAUAAUAAUGAAAGCUAUCUUGAAAAUGUAUCUGAAAUACCAUCAACACCAAAAACCACUACAGCAGAAAAUACAAUUUCAGACAAUGAUUAUGCUAUUAAAGAAUUUAUUUUUGAUAAGGCUGCAUUAAACCAUGCAAAAAGUUUAGUGACUAAUUCUUCUGAAGAUUUUGAAGAUUUAGAACAAAACGAACUAGAUAUUGAUUGGUUAGCAUUAGACAAUGAUACACUAUCAGUAAUAGAGUCUAUGUGGACUUCAACUACAAAUAAUGAUCAUGUAAAUGAUUAUGAACUAAGCGAAACUAAUAUUGAUAAAGAUAGUAGUCAAUAUGUUGUUAUUGAUUAUAUAGAAGGGCAUCUUCCAUGUUGUCCAAGCAGUGCUAUUCUUUUAGAGGAAAUUUGGCUUGCUAUUAUUAAAUUUUUUGAUAAAAAAUCAAUCUUACCUAAAAAUUCAAUAGAUAAUAAAGAUGUAGAUCAAAAUUUUAAAGCAAAACCACCACUAUAUUUUGCAAUCAAAGCAGCACUUCAACUAGAAAAUGCUUUAGGGGAAGUCAUUUGGCGAUCAAGAUCUAAGGUGUGUUUACAAAAAGAAGUACUUGAAGCACCAAAUACUUUUAAUGAGUUUCAUGAAGUUUCACAUACUAAUCGUUAUAAAAGAAAAUUAGAAAAGCAAAGAAUUAACAAUGUUGAUAUUUCAAAAAGAUUACUACAUGGUGAAGAUAUUUGGAAUUUAUGUAUAAUGGAUAAUAUAGACAUGAAGAAAAGUACAUUUGUAUAUAAUAAAAUUUUUAAAACACCAAGACGUACAGCUUAUGCCACUCUUCGAAUAGUUUUACAGUUUAAAUUACCUAAGUCUUUAUCAGAUAUUGCUGCAGAAUGCAAAUCAAAAUCUGUUUCUGGUGCUAGUUAUAAAUUUAAGGUAGAUUUACCGAACUUAGUUAUUUUAGAAUCUGGGAAAAAUCUAUUUGAUCGAACUACAAAAUCUUGUGAAGAAGCGCUUCAAAAUGUAACUAAUUUAUUAGUAGAAGAAUUUAAUCUACCUGAUUCUACUAAAUUUGAGCUUUUUAGUGAAACAUCUCAGAAUACUGAUUUAGGAUUUAAAAAUCUAUUUGAAUGCUAUGAACGUGGUAUUAAAUGCUUAGAAGAUAUCUAUAAGCAAGAUAUUGAGAAAUCUGAGGAACAUAAUACAACAGGUCGACGUGCUCAAGAUGUUGUUGAAGAAAAUAUUCAACUAUUACCUAGACAAAGGUAUUAA